CUUUGGAUUCAAACAUCGUCCAAAGCCUUGAGAAAAAAAUAGAAAGAGGUUAUUGGUGUUUUCGGUAAUGACAUUGCCUAAUGAAGAACUCACAUUUCACGUUCAAACGCUUCAUUUUCAUUUUCCAGGAUCAAGAACCGUCACAAUUCCACACAACCAACAAGAACGAUGAACAAUUGGAGAUAGGAUCAGUCAACCGUUCCUCCAAUUUCAUUCCAAACCUCAUUUGUUAAUAAUUUGAGCCUCCCAUACUGUGUGGCAAUUACGAACCCUAGAAUACAAUUCCCUUUCUCUUUCAGAUAUUUGUCUUCUAUCCUUUCCAUUUCCGUUCAUUGUUAUGUCAUUAACGAAAGGAUACAUAAUAACAUUGCUUUCUUAGCUAUUGGCGCUGUUUCCUUUCAUUUUUUCAGCUUCACGUCAUAAUCUUGAAUUUUCUUUUCCCUGCUACUCCAUCAAUUAAUCAAUUUUUAGUGCAUACUGAGGAUCAAAUCCCAGGACAGCAAGGAAUCCCAUUUUUUUGUCUUUUUCCUUAAUCAUUAAUUUGAGUCUGGGGAAAGAGUUAAAUUAAUCGUGAGAGAGAAUUUUUUAACAGUUUAGUUUCUCCGGCCUGCUCCUGGGUGUUCCGCAUAAUGUGCAUAUCAACGGAUGAGUUUUAUGGGUUAAGAAUCAGGGUCUGUUUGAGAUGUGUCAAGGUUUGAAAGGGGCAAAGGAAUUUGCUAAUGGCUGCUAAUCAGGAUUGAUAGUAUUACCUACGAGGGAAAGAUGUUUGUGUUGGUUAUUGUGGUAUAUGCAUGAUACAUCAACCAGGGGAGGAUGUUUUGUUGGUGUGUAACAUUAAAGCUAGUCGGUAGAGUUUGCCUGAUUUAAUGCCACCCUCUGUGAAGGUCAAGUCGGAGGCUACGUUGGAGACUGUACAGGAGAUUGCCGUCUAUCUUCAUAGGUUUCACAACCUUGACCUUUUUAAGCAAGGAUGGUAUCAGAUUAAGAUUACCGUGAGAUGGGAGGACAGUGAAAACGUAUGCUUCGGUAUUCCAGCAAGUAUUGUUCAAUAUGAAGUUCCUCCUGAUCUGGAUCCUAGCAGCAUAUAUGGCGUAUGGAGGAUUGAUGACACAGAUAACAGUUUCUCAACACAGUCUUUUCGAAUAAAAUAUGCUAGGCAGGAUGUUCAUUUGGAUUUGAUGAUUGUGUUCAACUUACGUCGUAAUAAUUUGGUGGAUUUAGCUACAACUGCUGUUAUUUUAAAAUUUGAGCUUAUAUACGCUCCCAUGACUGAGCAUGGUGUCGAAUUGGACCUCCCUCUGGAUGCUUCCUCUGCUGCUAUCCAUGAAUUCCGAAUACCUCCUAAAGCUCUUGUAGGAUUGCAUUCGUAUUGUCCUGUCCAUUUUGACGCUUUACAUGCAGUGCUUGUCGACGUAAGUGUACAUGCCAGUAUACUAAAAGUUGCCUCUCAUUCAUUUGCAUCAAAGCUACCCAGCAAUUCUGCCAACACUGAAGUCAUUGCUGACCAAAGCAGCGACACCUCGAACAAAGGCUCUGCCGUGCUUGUUAAAGUAUUAUCAGCUUCCCGUGAUAUAUUGCUUGAAGAACUACAAAAAAUUGGCAGAGCAAUUAAUGAAGCUUUAGAUUUUUCAGAGUUUGUAUCAAUAGUGAGUAAUAUGAAGCAAGAGAAUCAAUUAGCAAAUGAAGUUAUCGGACAAGGCAAGCCACAUAAUGGUCGUAAGUUUCUUUGUCCUAUUGUCCAGGGAGGAAAUGAAGAUCUAGAUUUUCAGGAUGUUGAAAAGUUUUGUUCACUGUCCCAGAAUGAGCUGAUGGACUGUUUUCAUUCAUUGGGAGAUCAAUUGUCCUAUUUAUGGAAAACAUUUUUAAAGUUCCACAGGGAUAACAAAACAAAGAUAAUGGGAGUUUUACAUGAGACAUGGAUUAGGGAGCGGAAAACUGAAUGGUCAAUAUGGAUGUUAUAUUCUAAGGUAGAAAUGCCUCAUCAGUAUACAAACAGUAAGGGUGAUGAGACCUCCCAGCGUACCGCCAAACGAGCGGUCAGUUUGUGGAAGUUACCUGAUGAUCCUAUUCAGAUUGCAGCCACGCGUGCAGAACUUCAUCGAAAGAGCAUUGAACAAAUGCGGAUUAACAACCGCUCAAUUCAAGACAUGCAGAUAUUUGGAGAUCCUUUGCGUACACCAAUUGUGAUUGUUGAACAUGUGUUGAAUGUACCACGGCGUUUUCCAAGUGAAAAUUCAUUACUGAGACAUAUUGGGCAUAUAGAUUCUGAUGGCUUCCCACUUAGCCUCAACUAUGACAGUAUAGCCAAGAAAUUUGCACAACCAAGUAAUGAUCGUGUGUUGAAGAUUGUUGUCUUUGUGCAUGGGUUUCAGGGGCAUCAUCUAGAUUUACGACUUGUCCGGAAUCAGUGGCUUUUGAUAGAUCCCAAAGUAGAAUUUCUGAUGUCAGAGGCUAAUGAAGAUAAGACAUUUGGAGACUUUAGAGAGAUGGGAAAUAGGCUAGCUAAGGAAGUUAUUUUAUUUCUUAAAAUAAAAAUGGACAAAGCAUCAAGAUUUGGGAGUUUGGCAGAUAUUAGGCUAAGUUUUGUUGGACAUUCUAUUGGUAAUCUCAUUAUAAGAUCAGCGCUAGCAGAUAGCAUUAUGGAGCCAUUUCUAAGUCACCUACAUACAUAUGUUUCAGUAUCUGGUCCACACUUGGGGUAUCUUUAUAGUUCAAACUCAUUGUUUAAUUCUGGGUUGUGGUUUUUGAAGAAGCUAAAAGGCACACAGUGCAUUCAUCAACUCACUUUCACGGAUGAUCCUGAUAUCCAAAAUACAUUUCUCUAUAAACUGUGUCAGCAGAAAACCUUGGAACAUUUUAGGAAUAUUAUUCUGCUAUCUUCCCCCCAGGAUGGUUAUGUGCCUUACCAUUCUGCUAGAAUUGAGUCAUGCCAAGCUGCUUCAAGAGACACUUCAAAGAAGAGUAAACUGUUCAUGGAGAUGUUGAAUGCUUGCAUGGACCAAAUCCGUGCCAACUCCACACUACACCGAGUCUUCAUGCGUUGUGAUGUGAACUUUGAUCCAUCUACACAAGGCAAGAAUCUGGACUCUAUAAUCGGUAGAGCUGCGCAUAUUGAGUUUCUGGAUUCUGACAUUUUUGCAAAGUUCAUAAUGUGGUCAUUCCCAGAUCUUUUUCGAUAGCAGUUUGCCACUCACUUAUAAAGCUUUCAGGCAUAA